AUGUCUGAGAAGCAAGCAACCAAGGUAAGAACCGUUCCUGAUUGGCAAUGCCCAUUCCUCCUCCAUGAGAUGUUCAAUGUGGCCUGGGUUGACGAGGUCCAUGAAAUAAAGAGAGACGACGGCUCACAAGCUCUCUCUCUCGAAUGGCUUCGUGCCGAGUUCACUGGUCUGGCAUCGGCAUCACCUGGCAUCAACGGAAUUGAGGACUUCCGCAAAUACCUGAAAGUCAUGCUAGUCCGUGAAGAAUCAACAGCUGAAGAGCGAGCCCAGGCCAGUGUAGACGAGCCUAGGCUCAACCUAUUCACAAUUGGAUAUCGAUGUAAUCACCUAUAUCUCUAA